CCCUCCCCUCGACUUCCUCCUCCCUCCCGCGCGCGCGCGCCCCGCCCCUCGUCAGAUUAGAACCGAGACGCGGCAGACGCUGAGGCGACCCGAGGUUGAAUUUUAACAACAACAACAACAACACUAUCAACAAUAACAACAAUAAACAACAAUAAUUACUAAUUAGUAGCAAUAAAUAAUAACACGGACGGCUUUAUAAUUAGGCCGUCGUGUUUAGUUGCGGCCGUGAGCGGAGUCGUGGGUUCAGUGAUCGCGGCGGCGGCGGUGGUGGUGGUGGUGGUGGCGGCGGCUGUUCGGAUCGAGCUGGCAAGGCUAGGUGCACCUGACAAGACAUCGCUUCCUGCAGCGGCACUGCGGAGAAACUGAGACGAGAGGGAGAGGAGUUACCGGCCCGGCACCGACGGUACACGACCGCCCGUCCCGGGCCCAGCUGCGUCUCCCUGCCGUGUAUCACCUGACACGCACGUCCGGCGGCGCAGACGGGUUGCGGCAUCAUCGCCGGCGUCAUCACCGUCGUCAUCACCGUCGUCAUCACCGUCGUCAUCGCGCUCUCCCUCGAGGCCCCUGGCCGCGCCCCCCCAAGUCCUCAAGGUCCCCCACCGUAGGUUCAACUCCACUACCUGAGGACUCCCGUCGCCUCAGCCUUGAAGUCUUUUUUUUUUUUAAACCCCGUCACCUUGACUCAACCCGGAUCUUAAGCCCGGCCCCUCGAACCCCUAAACCCAAAGCUUCAACCAGAACCCCCACCAAUUGAAGCCCCAACCCAAGCCCUAACUUGAACCUUGACCCUUGACCCUAAACCCUCAAUCGACAGCUAACCCCAGCGCCGACGACGCGAACCCCGAUCCUAAACCCUGAAGCCAUCGCUGGCCCUGAUCCUUAACCCCGGGGGUGUCUGACCGUUACCCCCAUGGGUCUUAGACCACAGAUCGUGUCUCCCCGUCCUCCCAGAGAAACGGAGACAUCUGUGCCGCCCGGAACAUAAACACACCCUGCUCGCCGCUCGCCCCUGCGCUCACCAUUCGCAAGAAACACGCGCACGCCCGUCGCAGUAUCGCUCACCACACCACCACCACCCCACUCGCCACACCACCACCCCACUCGCCACACCGCCCAUCGCUCACCACACCAGGGGGGGGGGGGGGGGCGGCCUAGAGGGGAGUGGCGCCAGCGCGCGAUGACGCGCUGACCGCGGGAGCCGAGGCGCCGCCAGCAUGGACUGCUCCGUGGAGCCGGGCCCCUACCAACCCGGCGCCGGCGGCCAAACGCCGUCGGCGCCGUCCUCUUCCCGAGCUCGCCAGCCGGCGCCGCCGCCGCCGCCGGCGCCACCGCCGCCGCCAGCGUCGUCGUCGUCGUCAACGCGCGCCUCUCCCAUCCUCUCCUCGCUGCUGCUGUCCCGCCCGGCUGAUGGCGCUCGCAGCCCGGCGCUCGCCUCGCCCGGCACGCUGAGCCGCCAGGCGCCGACGAAACGGCCGCGCUCCCUCGAUUGCGGCGCCGUCGGCGAUCCGGACUUGGGCGCCGUUUUGGACUGGACCGGCGGCGCCAAGGGCGCUAGCGGCGGGCACUGGCGCCGCGAGUUCCAGCGGCUCGGGAUGUGCGGGAGCCCGCUUGGAGCCGGCGUCGGCGGGCGGCCGCAGCCGCCGCCGCCGCCGCUGGCGUCUCCGGCCGGCGCCGGCAAAGGCGCCGCUGCUCUCUUCCUGCUGGGGCUGCAGCAGCAGCAGCAGCACCUCCUGCUGCUCAGCAAGAAGAUGGGCGCCAGCGCCGCGCUGUCCUCCACCUCCUCCUCCUCCUCCUCGUCCUUCCCCGCCCCCAACGGCGCCGGCCCCCGCUCUCCCCCCGCCUGCGCCCUCGCCCGCCCACUGCACCGCCCGCCCCAGCCGGACCGCGCCUCGAGCCAGCUGGCGCAGCUGCUGCUGCACGGGCGCCAGCGCGGGAGAGCGCACGGCGAGGAGGAGGAGCGGCGGCGGCGGCGGCAGGAGGAGGAGGAGGUGGAGGCGGAAGAGGAGGAGGAGGAGGAGGAGGUGGUCGGGGAACACGAGGGGCAGGAGAGGAGAGACCGCGCCCGCUGGUGCCGGAGCCCACGGGGAAGUUCGGCGCUGGCGCGGUCGAGCCCGGCACCGAGCCGCAGGGCGCCGGCAUGGAGCGGCGACGGCGACGGCGGAGGUGGCGGCACCGGCGCUGGCGGCAGUUGCUCUGCUUUCACCGGCGCCGGCAGCACUGCUGCUGGUGCCAGGAGUGCGCAUGCAGCCGGCGGCGGCGGGAGUGCCGCCGGCGCCGCCGGUGCUGCCGCCUCGAUCGUCGCUCGCACCGUUAGCCCCGACAGCACCGCCGGCGCCGCCGGCAGGUCUGCUGGUACCGUAGGUUCCACCGGCUACGCGAGCGCCACCGGUGCCGGUGGCACGAGGACCGCUUGCCCUGGUGGCAUUGGCGCCACCGCUGGCUAUGGCGCUGCGGGCAGAGUCAUCUCUGCCGGCACUGGCGCCGCCAGUCCUGCUCGUACGAGAGCACCCGGUGCUGCUGGCGCCCGAAGUCCCGGUAAGAAUGGCGUCGGCGCCGCUUCCAUCACCGCCGCGAGCUCCACAACCGCCGCCGCCGCCCCCGCCUCCUCUACGGCGCCGGCGCCCGGCGGCCGUCACGGCGUCGCCAGCGUCGUGCUCAUGGAUCUGGCGCGCAAGCGAGCGGCCACGGCGGCGCCAGCGGCGGCCACUCCGCCGAUUCCCUCGCCUCCGGUUGCCGACGACGGCAACACGCCCCUCAACCUCUCGCUGCCCGGCGGCGCGCGCAGCAGCGCCAGCAGCAGCGCCAGCAGCUCGACCGCGGCGCCACCACCGAUCAAGCGCCGGCCGUUUAGCACCACCGCGACUCCACCACCAUCGUCGUCGUCGUCUUCUUCACCGGCGCCCGUGCCGGCGCCGGCAGCAGCACCGGCGCCGGCGGCAGCUCCGGCACCGGCGGCAGCGCCGGCACCGGCAGCAGCAUCGACGGACUCCACCAGCGACAGCCUGCUGUGCCGUCUGCUGACGCGGCGGCGGGAGCGGGAAGCCGCCGGCGCCGAACCCCUGGCGCUGCCGGCGCCGUGGGACUUGAGGUGCCGGCACCGCGGGACCAUCGAGGAGGAGACGGAGUCGCUGCUGCACAGCUGGCGGCCGGGAGACGCCGGCGCCUCUCCGCCACCAUCGGCGCCGGCGUCAACACCGACACCCGCUGGUGCCGCCGGCGAGGGCCGGACGACGCUCGCCCAGAUCCUGCGAGGGAACGGAGGGAACCGGCAGCACCAGGACGAAGGAGGGGCGGCGUCGACGGCGGCGCCGGUCGUUGCGGCGGCGCCGGCACCGGCGGCCGGCCCCACCGGCGGCGGCGGCACAAAGCUCAUCGACCUCCUGCGGUCGUGCGACUCGUUCACGCGCGGGCCGGCCGCCCAGGCGCUGGCACCGGGAGGCGCCGGCAAGGGUGACGCUGCUCCACCGCCGUUCAGCGCCAGCAAGCUGCUGCAGAUCCUGGCGCAUGGAGGCAGCGGUGGCGGCGAUUCCGGCGCCGGCGGGGCCGGCGCCGGAAUCGCGAGGAGCUCGCCGGCGCCCGGCUCGGCGACCCCGGCGCUAUCCGCCGCGGUGGCGCCGGCUGGAGAAGAGCUCAGGGAUUUGCUUGUGCGGCGAACGCUGCUGCAGCUGCUGCUGGGGCUGCCAGAAGUUGCUGGCGCCGCCGGUGCCGGAGACGGCGGUGACGGCGCUGACGGUGGUGCCGGUGAUGGCGCCGCUGUUUCGGCACCAGUGAGAGUGAAGGAAGAACCCGAUUGGAGCGGUGGCGCCGCCGGCGGCGGCGACGAUGAUGAUGCAGGUGGCGCCGCCGUCACAGUGAAGGAAGAGGCGGCGAUGUGGAGGAGGAGGAGGAGGAAGGAUGACGGUGGCACUAGUGGGGGAGACGAUGCUGUGGCCGAGGACCAGGAUGGUUUGGUGGAAGCACGCAGCUGUCCCCUCACCAGGAGGCUGCUGCUGACGCAGGGAGAUGUGGGGACGGAGAGACGCGGGGACGCUGUGACGGAGAGACACGGGGACCCUGGGACGGAGAGACACGGGGACGCUGUGACGGAGAGACACAGGGACGCCGAGAGAAACAGCGGAGACACUGAGAUGGACUCGGAGACGCGGGGACGCGAGGAUGCCGAGCUCGUUAUGUUCACGGAAGGCGACGGAGAGACGGGGUCGGAGAGACCCGCGGAGAUGCGGCGAGGCACCGAGGAAGACGGGGACACCGAGGCGGAUAGAGACACCGGGCCGGUGAGACACGUGGGGACACGUGAAGAUGGCGACACCGAGAUGGACGUGGGGAGAGUCGGAGACCAGGACACGGGGGCGGAGGGCCGCUGGGAAACGUGGGGAGACGCCGACACAACGGUGGAGAGAGACACCCGGGCGGAGAUGCGCGGGGACACGGGGAGGGACGGAGAGAUGCAAGGAGACGGGGACGCGAGGCCCGCGAGGCCCGCGGGGCCCGCGGGGCACGGGGACGCGGUCGCAGAUGCUGAGAGGGACCGGGAGGGCGGCCCGCGGGGACACGACGGGACCGGGGGGCGGAACGGAACGACGGACCCGGCGGCGGCGGCGGCGGCGGCGUCGUCCGGAACGCUCGGAGCCGCGGGGGGGGCGAGCGAGGAGAGAGACGCCGGCGGGGAGGGCGGACGGCCGUCAGGAGGAACGCGCGGAGAGAAGGGGGCAACCCCCCGGUCGCUGGCGGCGGGCGGCGGGGAGGAGGUGGGAAGCGUCGCGCCGGCAUUUUGCGCCGGCUCCGCGCCGCCGGCGCCGCCGGCGCCGACGCCGUCCGCUCGCGCCACGCCCCCCUCCCCCCGCCGGCGCCCCUCCCUGCCCCCGCCGGCGCCGUGGCGCCGCCCGUUCCGGGUCAAAAGCGAGAACCCCGAGAACGAUGCACGGGGCCGGCGCUGGCUGCCGGGCGGCGGCGGUUUCGGCGGUUUCGGCGGGGUCGGCGCCGCCGCCGGCGGCGGCUCUCAGACGCUCUUGGAGCAGCUGCUGUUGGGGUCGGCGCCCGACGGGAACGGCGCCGGCGACGCCGGCGAAUGGCGGCCGCACAACCGCGUGCGCUUCUACGCCAACUUUGGCCGAACUCGAACGGACGCCAACGCCGCUCCGGCCGCCGCCGGCGCCGCGGCAUCGGCGGCGGCGGACGACGGCGGCUCCUCGGCGGGGGCGGCGGCGCUGCUGCGCACCAACCCCAUCCUGUUCCUGAUGCUGCGCGGCCGGCGCCCGGCAGCGCCGCCGCCUCGGCCCGGCACCGACGGCGCCGCUCCCUCGCUGCUCCAGCGGGUGCUGCAGCAGGGCGGCGGCGCACAGAUGGCGCGCCGGUGCCGGCGCUGCGAGCCGGCGCCGGCGGCUGCGUCGGUGUCGUCGGAGGCGGGGAAAAUGGAGGAGGGCGGCGAAGACGGCGGGGAGGAGGCGGAGGCGGUGGCGCUGGGGGCGGCGCGCACCGUGAGCCGCCAGGUGCAGACCGAGGCGCCGGGGGACCCGCGGCCGGAAGGGAACUCGCCGACGGAACGGGAGACGCGGCCGGAACGAAAGCUGGGGCCGGGAGGGAACUCGCCACCGGGAUGCGAGUUGCGCUUGGAGCGGAACGCGCGGACGGAGCGCGAGACUCGGCCGGAACGCAGUCCCGAGUCGGAGCGCUCUGCACCGGCGGAACGGAGUCCAGAGCCGGCGAAACGGAGUCCAGAGCCGGCGGAACGGAGUCCAGAGCCGGCGGAACGGAGUCCAGAGCAGCCGGAACGGAAUUCGCUGACGGAACGGAAUUGUCAGCCGGAACGGAAUUCGCCUUCGGAAUCGUCGGUCAGCGCUGCCUCCGCUGCCUCCACUGCCUCCGCUGCCUCCGCUGCCACCGCUGCCACCGCCGCGAAACUCGACGCGGGCUCGGACGGCGCCGCUGGUGGCGGCGCUAGGAAUGGCGGCGUCGUUGGCAACGGCGCCGGCGGCAGCGGCGGCGGCGCCGCGAACGGGUUGUGCCGGAGCCGCGCCGGCGCGGCCACGGACCGCAGGGACGGCGCCGGGUCGGACACGGGGCUGGGGGAGGGCGUGGUGACGCGGAAGAGGAAGAGGGACGGCGGCGGAGCCGGCGGCGUGGCGAGCGUGACCGCCGCGACCGCCGCGACCGCGGCGCCGGCGAACGGUUGCAAGCGCGUGAAGCUGAGGGGGAAGUAG